AUGUUAUUAAUGUGGUCCCCGCGUGGUUACACCAGCCUUGUUGUUCCAGGACACGAUAUCGAUCUCCCUCAAGAUAUAACCAUCUUCAUGGAUAUUGCCUUAAAUCCGGGUCUGAGCUCCUCUGAAAGUCUAGCUGGUGCUAGUUCGAUGAUCGCUUCAUUCCUUGUCGAGCAACGUAGCGACUUUGAUCCUGUCAUUGCUGUUAGUUUACCAACUAAAGGCGGCCUCUGGAUCAUGCAUAUAAAUGUAUGUUCACUUAGAAAUGAACCAGAUUUUAUCAGGAUUUUAUUGUUGAAGUGCUCUAUUGACAUCUUAGCUCUUACUGAGACGUGGCUAGGUGAAACAUGGAAUGAUGUUGAACUCACUGUUCCUGGUUACAAUCUUUUCCAUAGCAGCCGAAAGUCUAACGUUCAGUCAAGGCCCUUUGCUGAUGGUGGAGUUAUUAUUCAUGCUUGUGAUGGUCUAGCGGGGAAUCCGAGACGUGAUUUGGAAUCAGAUGAAUUAGAAGAAAUAUGUCUCAAACUUAAGCAACAUUGA